AUGAAAUCAAUUCAAAAAAUAAUUUUAUUUAAAAUUUUAAUAAUUUUAUUCGUUUCAUUAAUUGUUUUAAAUAUUGCCCAACACAAUGAAAUUUUAAAAUUAAAAAAUAAUAAUAAUAAUAAUAAUAAUAAUAAAAAUAAUAAUAAUCAUAAUGAUGAAAAUAAAUUAAAUAGAGAAUUAAAAGUUUUUAUUCAAAAUGAAAAUGAAAUUACUAUUGCCGACGGUAGUUCUUCUAAAUUAAUAAUCGAAAUUGAAGAAAACAAGAAAGAAUCAAAUGAAGAAUCAAAUACUUUACAAAUUGAAAUUAAUAAAAAUAAUAAAGAUAACGUACAAAUUAAUACAAAUAGUGCUAGUAAUGAUGAAAUUAAUAUUCAUUCAAAUGAUGAUUCUUUAAUUGUUGACUUUGAUUACAAUGUAGAAUUUGUCAAAGGUGAUAAACCAAAAUAUCGUUUAUGCCAUGGUUGUUCAAAAUGUAGUAAUCAUCAUAAUAAAAAACAUAUUAUCCUUUUUUAA